AUGAUUGGUAUUCGCAUAGUAAAUGUUGGAUGGUUUUUAGUCAAGCAGAAAAUCAUAUUUAAGGUUUUGAAUUUUGUUUAUGGGGUAGUAACUAAUCAAAAUAAUAAAGUAUAUGUGAUUAUGUUCAGAAAAAACAGUGACUUACUUAAAGGGCCGUCCAUAAAGUACGUACGCAGCUAUGAAGGAGGAGGUUUCCCUAAAACUUAUGAACUCGUACAAGAAUCAGUGACGGAAACAGAUUCUCAUGAAAAAAUCACUGACGAUAAUACUGAGUUCCUUUUAAAUGAUUUUAUGAUUGCCGGAUCGGAAACCUCAUCAAAUAUGAUUCUUUGGUUUAUUGUUUAUAUUUUACACAGGCCAGAAUAUCAAGAUAAACUUUAUGAUGAAAUUUUUAAAGUAUUUUCCGGUAUCGGGUAUCCAUCCUUAAACGAUCGUCCUAGAUUUCAUUUAAUUCAAGCCAUAACUCAUGAAACACUUAGAUUGUUGUCGGUAGCACCACUCGGUUUAUGUCAUAAAGCAAUGGAGAACGGUUAUGCAUAUUUGCCCUUUUCUGGUGGACCUCGCAGUUGUUUAGGAGAAACAUUGGCAAAAACAGAACUAUUUGUGUUUAUCUCGCGGUUAGUAAAAGACUAUAGAUUUGAAAAGCCAAAUGGAAAAGAAUUACCUUCCUUAGAUGGUCGCUCUGGUGUUACAUGUCUUCCUUACGAAUUUGAAAUUGUAAUGAUUCCGAGGAGCUAA